ACAGCAGAGUGUACGACUUGCGGCAUUUUUCUCAGUCCUCCAAAGGUUUGCUCUGAUGCGCUGUUAGAUGUUCAUAACUGCGCCGCACACGCCCCUCCAUCCAAAGAUCUCCUGCAACAAUUGCCUAUUGCGGCUUCCAAAUUACAUCCCAAUUCGUCAAGUUCUUCUACUCAUACCCUACGCAACCCGUCCUGUUGGUCGCAGGCAUUGGCAUUGUCACACACCCAAUCUUUUUACCCGCUGCCCGCCGAGCUGGCGUGGGAUUAUCAUCGCAUUGGUGCGGGGUUGAUGAAUUCCUGGUACUUACGCCUCUGGGUAACAUUCAUUCAUGCAUUGUGACCGCUUGCAAGGUAAAUGGGCUGGCGAUGGGUUCUCGCCUUGUGGGGCGGUACGGUUGUUGUCCUGGAGCUUUUAAACGGCCAAACGCCUUUGUCGCUGAACCAUGUAAAUGGGCGAAAUUCGAGAUCUAGUGCAACGCCGAUACUUUGCGAUACUUCAGACCCAUCGUUAGGUGAAUUCUCUAUACAACGGAACAUGGCGUCUGUACUUCUCCCAGCGGCUCUAGCAUCCGCCAGCGCCAUCAUUGGUGUUCCAUUAUAUCAAUUCUUGAUAUCUAGUGAAGUAGCAGGAUGGGUAAAAAUUGCUUGCUUCCUUGUCGGGUUUCCGAUUGAGACGGUGCUUUUCAUACUCUUAUAUCGGUCCACUUUGCAUCCCUUGGCGAAAUAUCCAGGGCCAUGGUGGGCUGGACUGACUGAUCUCUACACUGCAUACCACCUCUCCAAGGGUGGCCGCCAUAUAGACUUCUACCGAUUGCACAUGAAAUAUGGAAAGAUUGUGCGCUUUGGUCCAAGACGCAUAUCAAUUAGAUCGCCCGAGGCAUUACGAGACAUCUACAGCACUACUGCUAAUGUCAAGAGAUCCCAAACCUACGCAUCCACUGCGCAUUUCUUUGGCGGAACACCUUCUUCGGAUACGACGCCUGAUAUGAAAGAGCAUGCAUUCCGCCGUCGUGUCAAUGUGCGCGCGCUGAGCGCUACUAAUAUCAAGUCGAUGGAGGAAAAGAUCCUGAGGAACAUCCAGUACUUUUGCGACCAACUGGUGGACGAGGGAACACAGGGGUGGAGCUCAUCUCGAGAUAUGAGUAAAUAUAUUGGCUAUCUAGUUUCCGAUAUUAUGGGCGACAUCACAUUCAGCAAGAACUGGGAGAUGCAGCAAAAGCCCGAUAAUCGCGAUGUUCUUGUCUCGCUCCCUGAAGGCGUGGCAGGGAUUCAUCUGGUGGGAUAUCUGCCCGAGCUUCUCAGCCUGAAACUAGACAAGUUGUUGUUCGGGAAACUCAUCGCCGGCGUGAACCGCUUCACGUCGCUCAGCGCAAGCAUCUUCCACUGGCGUUUCGCGCAGCAAGACUGCAACGAUCUCUUCUCCGCCCUCUUGCGAGCAAAAGACCCCGAGACAGACAAAAGCUUCUCCACCGAUCAACUAGUCUCCGAAGCGGGACUUCUCACCGUCGCUGGCUCCGACACUACCAUCACCGCAACAACAGCCACUUUCUUCUACCUCGCCCACUAUCCUGACUGUCUUCGUCGAGUACAAGACGAAGUCCGAUCGCAGUUUGCAGAGACUGAAGGUAUCUGCAUAAGCCCCGAGCUCGCCUCAUGCUGA